GCGCGGACAUUCCUGUUGUGGCAUAACACAAAUUUUAAGCAAACGUUUAGGUAAACAGCUGAUAAAAAUAACCUUGUAAGCAUGGGUCUCGAAUUUUACUACGAUUUGCUUUCACAGCCCUGCAGGGCAGUCUAUUUUCUUCUCAAAUGUGCUAAGGUAGAUUUUAAAGGAUGCUCGGUGUCACUUCUAAAAGGUGAACAUCUUACACCAGAAUUUUUGAAGAAAAAUCCCUACCACAAGGUACCAGUUAUCAUCGAUGAUGGAUUCGCGUUAUCUGAAAGCUUGGCUAUAAUGAGAUACAUUGUGUCAAAGAAGAAGUUGCCGGCCCAAUGGUUCGCCGCUGAUAACCCUAAGAACCAGGCUCGAGUUGACGAGUUUCUUUCAUGGCAAGGUUCUACAAUACGAUCAAAUUGUAUCACAGUCUUUCAAGGAAUGUUCAGAGAUAAGGUGGGCGUUCUUGCAUUCAGCAAGCAACCAAUGGAUGUAGAAAAAGUGACCGCAGCAAAGGCGGAAGUGACCAGAAGUGUUACGCAUUUAGCGGACUACUUUUUACAAGAUAAGCAAUUUAUCGGAGGGAGUAAAAUGUCCGUAGCUGAUAUUUUAGGAGUUUGCGAGCUUUAUCAGCUUCAUGCAGUGAACGAGCUUGACAAUCUUGUAAAAAGUAAUCCGAAGGUUAAGGCGUGGUUUGAACGAGUAGUUAAAGCAAUUGGAGCAGAAUGGACACCCGGAAAUGUUGAAAUUGAUUCAUUCAGAGAAAAGUACAUGAAAGCGUAAAAUAAAAUGACGUAACAAUGCAUUGUCACUGUGUUGAACAUUUCGUCACAGAACAUUUAUUAACAUGUUUGAUCUAUGAAUAGUUGCUGUCGGGAUAAAAUAAAAAGGAAAAUGGCACUUACUACAUUUAAAACACACUAAUUCAAAAAUGAAUGUGUGCAAUUUUUUGGACAUAUAAUAAGUUAAAAACGUUUGCCAUAUGAAAGAAAACGUUACCUUGCAAGUUUUUAUUUGAACUCUUAACAUUUUACAAACACUACAUUAUUUUUAUCAUGGUCAU